ACCAUCAUGCAUCACGCAAACAAACAGCCGGAUGCAUUCAACAGUAUGUAAACAAAACUACUGACGAAACACAAAGCUGAUUCAGAGCUAGAUUGCUUAGAAAUACAGGGAAGGAGAGGCACACAAGAGCGUUUGUUUCGCUUUUAAACUCGUUUCGUCGGAAGACAACACGGAAGCAUCGACCCUAACUGAAGUAAUGACAUAUGAAAACAGCCAUCCCGCUUGCAAAAGUAGAGUGUAUAUUGUAUACAGUACAUGGGAUUGUUUGUCUGAAGUUGCGGUGAAUAACUAGAACUGAAAAGACGGCGCACGAAAGACGUACAUUUAUUCAAAACAGGUGUUAUUAUUCAACGUGAAAAGAUGUCGUGGACAUGGACAGGCUACUCAACGUUCUACCUCUGUAAAAGAACAUUUGCAAUGCUUCCGACUGCGGUGACACCUUUCUUGCUGAUAAUGAACUUGUUCAUGUGUGGCUUAGCCAGCACUGUAACUGACGGACAGCUAUUUCGAACCAACGAUCAGACAACUACGGUACCAAUGAAGGGAGUUCAGAGCGGAACGCUCGGACUGAGUAUCAUUACAGAAAACAACUGUAAUUUGACUCUUCCUUUUCCAUGUGAAUGUUUGAAGUCUGCCCAUGUUUUCUUGGUGAAUUGCUCUCACCGAAAUUUAACCUCGGUUCCGCAUGGUAUUCCAGGAGGUGCUACCAAACUAAUUCUCAACCACAACGGUUUGCGCCAUAUCCCUGCAGGGGCAUUCCGGAAUUGCGUUAAUGUGGAAACACUGGACCUCUCCCAUAAUUAUAUCUCCCAACUGGGGUCUGGCAUCUUCGAUGGUUUACGGCGUCUCAAAACGCUACUGAUAAACGAGAAUUUGUUGAAUAUGUCAAAGACAACAUUUGCUGCCGACGUCUUCACUAAUAUAACAAACCUAACGUAUUUAAACAUAAAAUCAAAAUUGAUAUCUUUUACGUCUGAAAGUGAAUACCCGGAUGUUGCGCUGGGCAAAUUAACCUCCCUAGAUACACUUCUAAUCAGUGGCCUGUCCAACACCACAUUUGGAGUAGGCGUUAAGAAAAUGGUGUCGCUACGAACAUUGGAUCUGUCUCAUACAGCUUCAUUUACAACAUUAUACAAAAACACGUUUUUAAAUUUUAAGAACAUUACCCUGAAAAAUUUGUACUUAAAUCAUUGUAAUCUAUCUUGGAUUCAUAAAAAAGCCUUGAGUUAUCUCCCAUACAUAGACACCAUUGACUACAGCUACAAUGAGUAUUUGGAGAUUAAAGGUUUAGCAUUAAGUACAUAUGGUUUACAGAAUUCCUCAAUACGCAAAAUAGUGAUGCAACGAAUUCAUGCACCUCCGUCUAUGACGAUUAUAACCAAAGAAGACGUGCAGUAUCUUACCCAUACCAAGCUAGAGGAACUCCAUGCGGAAAACAACUCCAUCGGGCAAAUAAUGGGACUAGAGCCCAUUUUGGGAUUGCCGCUGUCCCUGAAGGUCAUCCGCGUUUCUUGGAACAACAUACAAACCUAUAAGCAACAGGUAUUUCAUUGUCUGCGAUUGAUUAAUUUAGAGCAGGCUGAUGCGAGCAACCAAGAGGUUUACGGGACGAACAUGGAUAGCACUAGAGAUUUGUAUGCGGAUGCCUUCCAAAGUGUUAUUUCACAACCUGACAUCCUUAAGGACAAUACCGCUUGGGGAAAAGUUAACACGGCCUAUAAUGCGACCAAAUCUAAUUCCAUGGACAAACAGGAUAUGCAGAUUUAUUCUGAGGAGCGAAUGUUACCAGUUUUUAACCUCCCACCAAAAUUAUGGUUGUUGAACUCGAGCCACACUUAUAAACUAAAGUUUACAGUUCCGGCUCUAGAAGUCGCCAACUGCUCUCUGACAUACGUGAACUUUGCAGACAACCAGCUGACGAAAUGGGAAGGUCCUAUUAAAGGCGCACAAAGGGUCCUUUACCUCGAUCUGAGCGGAAAUGACUGCGUCAGUGUAUCGGAUUAUUUCUUCGCUUACUUCACGGGUCUGAGCACGCUUCUCAUUGGAAGGAACAAAUUGGGCAAGAGUUUUGCAAAUGGCAGAACGUUUUAUAAUUUAACUGGCCUGAGGCAUCUAGAUAUGAGGGAUAACCAACUUGAAGACUUAGGCUAUAACCUUUUCGCUAGAAUGACCAACCUCACUACCUUGCAGUUGUCACAAAACUACCUGACAGAUUUUAAUGUGAACAUAUCUGGCCUGGUCAAAUUAAAGUCUCUGGAUUUGUCUGGAAACAAACUCCGUGCGCUCCCGUCGUCGCUUUGUCGAGAUCUGGAUGAGAUUCAGAAGUUGUCUAAUGUCGAGGUUGACAUUCGAAAUAACCCUAUCCAGUGCAACUGCGACAACCAGUAUUUCUUUGGCUGGCUAACAGAAACCAAAGUCCGAUUCCAAAACUUUUCUUCUACUUUCUGUACUUUCACAAACGGAACAGCUAUGUCUCUUACGGCCAGUAAGUCAAUAUUUAGCCUGCUUCAACGGAACUGUCGAUCUUACACAUUAUUAACUGGUGUAUUAUCUGUGGGUUUGUCUUUAGUUGUUAUAGCCUUAAUAGUGAAAGUCAUCCAUCAACAGCGAUGGAAAAUCCGAUACCUGUGCUAUAUGGCUUCUAACUGGAGAAAGAGAACUGGAUACCAGCGCCUUGAUAGUACUGAAGACAAUCCGUAUGGCUUUGACGCCUUUGUUUCGUAUGAAGACUCUUCUCGAGCUUUCAUUCGUGAGCAGGUGAUUCCACGUUUGGAGACGGAAACAGGUCUUAGGUUAUGCAUUGAUAAGAGGGACUUUGUUCCUGGGCUUUACAUAACGGACAACAUUCUACACGCCAUACAGAACAGUAGGAAAACAGUCGUCUUCUUAUCUUGCGAGUUUCUCAAAAGCAAGUGGUGCAUGUACGAAUUGAAUAUGGCGCGGAUGGAAGGAAUUUACACGGGAAGACAACUCUUGCUGGUUGUUCUGAUGGAGGAAAUACCCUCUAAGCAGCUAACCUCGGAGCUCAUAGACGUAAUUCAUAAGCAGACGUACAUCAAGAUGACAAACAACAGAUACGGCGAGGCACUCUUCUGGGAAAGACUUGUGUCGGCUAUUAAAUCAAACUGAAUUAAUUAAAGCACAGCUGAAACAUUGCGUCACACAAGCAGGCCACAUUUAUGGUCUUCUUAGGCCAGGCGAUUCAAAAGAUUUGUAUGAGUUAUGAUCGCUAUUAACUCGACGGAAGAGUCAUUUGGAUUGUAUUAAAAUAAAAAUGAUGUUGGUAGUAGAAUUUAAAGCUGACUUGAUAUUUCAUAAAGUCUUAAAAUACCGGCAACUGUAGUGUGGCCAUUAAAUCUCCUUAAGUUUUCAUAGGAAUAUUUCUCAAUGUCCUUCUUACCUUAGUGGCGGUGCUUUUUUGAACUUAUAUAUUUUAAUUCUUAUGAUUGUUUGAUAUAUUAGACUGCUAUUGAUUGCACGCAGGCAACUGUUACCUUGCGCCGUUACAUGGUGAUUAAGUAAAGUGAGUAUGGUUCCCCAUUAUAUAUUAUGACAAUGUACUUUUUAUUUUUUAUAUAUACCCUUGAAAUUGUUAAAGCUGUUAAACUUGCCCAUUAUUUAUAGUUACGUGUAUGGCAACUUCAAAUUGACGGAUAUUAACCCACGCCCAAAAAAUACAUUGUGCUAGCCUUAGCUCUAUAGGCCGUGUUAUUUCAGCCCUGAUUUUCUCCACGCUCUCAUCAUACUCUUAUUCAAAAGAAUGGAGACAGUGGUACUAUGGACACAAUUUUUAUUUUCCUGUAUAUAUGUAUACAUGUAUACUUUCACAUGUUUUUGUACAGGCUGCCCCAAUGAUUCAUAUAAGUGUACUUUUCCACACUCCUGCUGGGUUUUGGGAAUUGGAAGAAAUGAAACCCCAACAGCUGAACGUUCGUGAAAUCGGCCAAGGGGAGCACAGGUUCUCUUGUUACAAAGUCUUACCUGCAUUAAAUUUUAAAAUUUUUGUUGGGGGAGGGUGUUUACGCCGUGCUCGAGAAUAUUUCACUUAUGCGACUGCGGACAGCAUUUUGGUGGAAAGAAAGCAGGCAGAACCCUGGGGAAACUCUGUGACCACUAGACCUAACUACGCGUAAACAAUGAGACAGAAGUAUAACCAGAAUUGUGCAAACAUGAUGGCUUUCUUUUAACAGAUUGUAAAGGGAGUAAAAAAGGGCGUUUGUUUCCUGGGACGUACGGACAAUUAACUUUGUCCAGUUGCACACAAUACCCACAAAAUACACGACACUGAGUUGCACUCGCACUUCGCGCACUUUCAUAACAUCAGGUUCAGAGGUAUACAGAAGUGAUAAAAAAUAGCGAUACAGAAAACACGGACUGAACCUCAGUAUCAAAUUGAACACUUGAGCCAAGUGCAUCUAAGUUGCUCGAUAACCACUGAAUUUAUUUGUGGUUAACCGGAACUGAUGUUUUUCCUGGAGUCUGCUCGGUUGCCUCUGUCGGUAUAACGGGGUUAGGCCUACAAAAACCUGACCUCGGUCGCAUGUUUGUUACCUCAACCAAAAGUUAUGUGUUUUAUCUGCCUCUUGGUCCGUUAGUCUGUCAGCAACUUUACUCAAAAAUUUACACGGAUUUGGAUGAAACGUUGGCCUGUGGUAAAUGAACAGAUCAUUACAUUUUCCUGGUGACACACGAAAUCAGUAAUUUUUUUAAAAUGAUUUUCCACAAUUAGGAGAUAGACAAAUAAUGCAGAGUAUUGUCCCCUUGUCGGCAGUAAUCGAGUAAAAGUUAUUCAUACACUGGCGCUGUAAGAUUAGCUACAUGUUUUAUCUAUGGAAAGCACAAUAUCAUGUAUUUUGACGGAAUAUGUUUAUUCGACUUCGGCUUUCGUUUUCAGAUUGUAAAGUAUAUCUUAAUUUACCUUGGUGUCUAUACAUUUUUAAAAGGAUAACCUGCCUGGGAUUUUACUCGCAAGUGUUUUGUAGUUCUUA